GCGGGCCGGACCGACGGCGGCCGCACCCUAACGUGGGGGCCGGGGUGGGGGACCUAAGGCUAGGUCCGGGACGGGGACUUGGCUUUCCCGCCUCAGCUUCCCCGAGCGCCAGCGACCGUACCAGAAGCCCCGCGUUCGGGCACCGCUGUGCCCGCUCAACACGUGGACCGCUAACCAAGUUUUAGACUUUUGUUAACUGUACUUUUUCUACUGGCAUUGCAGCCACUGAGUGGACGUGGGCCAGUGACUCUAUGUCCUCACCGGGGUCAGUUCUGUCCACCAAAAGGGCCGACCAAAGCAGCCUCAACGCCCGCGAAGAAGCAUGGGGUGUCAUGCGCUUCUCCUCCCUCCAGAGGUGCAGCUGUCCCCUGGAGGUGCUGGCCCUGGGGAGAAGACCGUGGCGAUCUUGGCCUGGGCCUUGGCUCCGAGGAAGCAGGAGCUACUACAGCGAAAGAAGAAGUGAAGCGAGGAAGCCGCAAGACAGCAUCGUGAAAAGACGGUAGCAGAGGUGGCAGCGUCACAGCUCAGCUACCUGGCCAUCACUGGGAGUAGAGCCCAGGACUUGGAGUCUGGAGUCCUGGGUUUCAGCCUGCUGUAGAACUGCAAGCGAGCUCCUUCUCUUGUUUGGUAUUUGGUUUCCCUGCAAUCUGUUGGCGCCAUCUUGGAAGUCAGGGCAGGAGCCAGUUCUUGGAGGAGACCUGGUGGAGGGCAUGCAUUGCUGCGGGGCUCUUUUCUUCUGCCUGUGUCUUUUGACAUCUCAGGGCACAACAGCAGAGACAACAAUGGCCACAGAGAUAAAAGGGAAAGAGGUCCUGGUCUGGAUGCAGAGGAUGGAGAGGCAGGUGCAGGGCCGGAAAUUCUCUUCUCCUGAUGGCCAAGUCCAUCACCUGGAGCAGAGGCUGCUGAAUGCCACCUUCCAUGACAACAAGCUAAACUUGCACACGAACACCAUCCAGUCUCUGGUCUUCAAGCUGGGCUGCAACUUCACUGGCCUCUCCCUGAGCAGUGCUACUCAAGAGUGGGGCCCCCAGGCCCGGGCCCCGCAUGCCAUGCACUUCCCUGCAGAGCUGACCCGGGACGCCUGCUCGACACCUGCCCAGCCCAGGGAGCUGCGGCUCAUCUGCAUCUACUUCUUUACCACCUUCUUUUUCCAGGAUGAGAACAAUUCAUCCCUGCUCAAUAACUAUGUCCUGGGAGCUCAGCUGGACCAAAGACGCGUGAACAACCUCAGGGAGCUGGUCAACAUCAGCUUCUGGCACAACCGAAGCCUGGAAGGUUACUCUUUGACCUGCGUCUUCUGGAAGAAGGGAGCCAGCAAGCACCGCUGGGGCGCCUGGAGCCCCGAGGGCUGUCACACUGAACAGCCCUCGCCUUCCCAGGUGCUGUGCCGCUGCAACCACCUCACCUACUUCGCAGUUCUCAUGCAAGUGUCCCCGGCUCCGGUCCCCGCAGAGUUGCUGGUGCCUCUCGAGUACAUCUCCUUUGUGGGCUGCAGCGUCUCCAUUGUGGCCUCGCUGCUCACCAUCCUGCUGCACCUCCAUGCCAGGAAGCAGAACGAUUCCAUAAGACGCAUCCAUGUGAACCUGCACAUCUCCGUGCUGCUGCUGAAUGCCACGUUCCUCCUGAGUGCUGCGUCAGCCGUGCCCUCUGGGGCUGCGUGCAUGGCACUGGCUGCUCUCCUGCACUACGCCCUGCUCAGCUGCCUCACCUGGAUGGCCAUUGAGGGCUUCAACCUCUACCUCCUCCUUGGCCGUGUCUACAAUGUCUACAUCCACCGCUACGUGCUCAAGCUCUGCGCCGUGGGCUGGGGGGUCCCGGCGCUCCUGGUGCUGCUUCUCCUCGCUGUCAAGAGCUCUGUGUAUGGACUCUACGUGAUCCCCAUCUCCCGCAGCCAGGAAAAUGGCACAGGCAUCCAGAACACGUCUAUGUGCUGGGUGCGGAGCCCCGUGGUGCACGGUGUCCUAGUCAUGGGCUACGGCGGCCUCACAACCCUGUUCAACCUGGUGGUGUUGGCCUGGGCGCUGGGUGUGUUGCGGAGGCUGCGGGAGCGGAAGAAGGGGCCGGGCCCCAGGGCCUGCCGGGACACGAUCACUGUGCUGGGCCUCACCGUGCUAUUGGGCACCACCUGGGCCUUGGCCUUCUUCUCCUUCGGUGUCUUCCUGCUGCCCCAGCUCUUCCUCUUCAGCAUCUUCAACUCGCUCUAUGGUUUCUUCUUCUUCCUGUGGUUCUGCUCCCAGAGGUACCGCUCGGAAGCGGAGGCCAAGGCAAAGAUGGAGGCGCUCAGCUCCUCCCAGACCAUGCGCUGACCCAGGCCUCCCGGCCUGAAGCACCAGCCUUAUGGAGCCUGCAGCCUGAGGCUCUGGCUCCCCCGAGAGGCUGGACACCAACACCCCCCACUACCUCCAGGGAGCCUUUGCCAGCUCCAUGGCCUCCCCCCGCCUGGGCGCGACCUACUGCAGGGCAGGCCCGGCUCCACCUGGGGGCAGCACAGCUGGCCAGGCCUGUGGGCACAGCACCGCCAGAGUGCUGUUCUAGGCCUGGCUCUACAUCUCACUGUGUGUCCUUGGGGCUGCCAUCUCUCAUGGACCCUCAGUUUCUAUGUCUGAGGCAUGGGGAGAAGAGGCUCUUAUCCUGCCUAAUUUGGCAGCUUUGUGAACCAUGAAUAAGAUGGGGGGUAUCAGUGGGGGUUCACCCUGUGACCCCCAUCUGCCUGCUGGGGGCCGGAUCUCUACCUAUCUCCUGCAGAGGACCAGGCAGUACCUUGUCCCUGGUCCUUGCCCAGCCCUUACAGACCCAGACACCAGCCUAUGCCUAAGGCCACUUUUCCUUUAACUCUGAAAUGAUGACAACUUCAUCUCCCAGCCCACCUCCCCAAUGACCGGGGAGUCCAGUCCUUCCCAGAGCUACUUCCUCCAGUGUUCCGAGAGUCCCGUGGCCGUUUAGACCAGCAGCCCAGGCCAAGGGCCUCCUCAGGGUCAGAGGGGACGCUUCUUUCCCUCCAGCUGAGCCACCCGGGCCUCAGCGACCUGGCUGAGGAUGACUGGGCUGUUGGGUGGUGGGCAUGAGGGUGAGGGUUCUAGGACCCAAGCUCUGGCCACUGCCGCGGAGAAUCACCACCGUCCUAGACCUGGCUGGCGGAGCAAGUAAUGCUCAUGAGCCCAUGUCUUUCCCAGGAUGGACACCAGGGGGCGCUGAUGGCCUGUGCGCAGAGGCAUCGGCCUUAUGAUUGUGUCUGGAAACGCUGCCUUCACCUGUCUAUGGAUGUGAUGCACAGUCUGUCACCCCCAGGACUGCACCAACUGGGUGACCAAAGGAGGAAACGCUAAUCCUGUUUACACAUCCAGUUGUCUCUUUCCCCAGUGCAGCUGCUCUCAAGGGCUGGUGCCCCGGCUGCCUGGGGCAGACUCUCAGGGACCCACCCCUGCCAUCAAAUAGAUUUUAUGAGCUUGAACCUCACAGUGAAGGAACUGGAGCUGGGUCUGUGCCCUGCCAGGGUUUCCUUUGCUCGUCUGUACAUUUCUGGAUGCAACAGCUCCUUAGCAGCUGGCGAAUGGUGCAGGCUGUGAGGUCAGGCUGCCCGGGCUCCGGUGCCAGCUCUGCCACUUGCUAGCUGUGUCAUGCAGAUGAGUCACUAAAUCUCUGUGUGCCUUAGUUUUCCCGUGUGUACAGUAGAGCCAGUAGUAAUACCUAUUCUGAAGAUUCAGUAAAAGAAUUCAGUACAGAAUUCAGUAAAAGUAUUCAGUACACGGUUAUUA